CAGGAAACCCUCUGAUCUCUGCGUCUGUUGUUUUAACAGGUUUUCUUUUUUUCUGCUACGCGAGGGAUAAAGACCAAUGUUAAAACACACGUAUGACGGAAAAUCACCAACAAAUGCGAGUGGCUACCUGAAGAAUAUGUUUUUGAGAAUGACAGCCAUCAAAUAGGAGGAGGGAUGAGGGACUUUGGGCCAGCAGAGCUGGUUGCAGGCCUCUGUCAUACAGAUGAGCAGAAUCCUUUCCCUGUGUGGCAGAAUGGACACAUCAGCCCCUGUUUUAACCAACUCGUCCUCGGAGCCUUGCCUCAUGCAGGGAUGGCUAUUUUCAGUGCCUGCUACCUCGGCAUGGAAAGAUGCAGCCUCGUCCAGACGUCUCCUCCCUGUGGAUGGGUGCUCAGGUUGGUGUCGGCUCUGCUGGCUGCACUGCUUUUUACUGCAGAUGUUAUCCUGGUGAGCCUCCUCCGGCAGGUGGACAUGUACCUGGACGUCCUAGCUGACAGCUGUGCCAUACUGGCCUGGCUGGUCCACCUCAGUGCCAUCACAGUGCUACAGAGGACUGCUUUCAGGAGAACUAGAGGACCUCCACUGCUGCUUCUGCUGGCCCUUCUGUCGGUCCCAAACGUGGUCUUCACCUUAAUGAUUUACUGUGACAAUCAGGAAUAUUUGAACCCCACAGAACCUCUUAAAAUGGCACGUUUUGUUCUUGCCUCAGCCCGAACAGUCCCCCUUCUGGUUUACCUUCUGGCAUUUGCAUUUCCCUGUAUCAGUGAUGCUGGAUAUACUUUGUAUAUCAAUGCUGUGGAUGGAUCCCCUCUCAUAUCAGAGAGCAGCCUGCCGGAUACAGGUGAGAUGGUGGCUGAGGAUGGGAGCGGCUGCAUCUCUCGGCUCUUCUACCUGUGGUUGACUCCCCUCCUCAGACGAGGGCAGCGAGGGGAACUGAACAGAAGUGCUGAUGUUUAUCACCUCCCUUGGAAACUUCGGACUAGUGUGGCUUGUCGAUACUUCCACCAGUGCUGGGAGGCCUGCCGACGAGGGACAGUGGCCAGAAUCAGUCAGGAUCAGUGGCCCAGGCCGGUCAGCAGAAACCUCUUGAGUGGCACCUGGAGUUCACACCACCAGGAGGAACCACUGGAGCUGGAGGGUGAUGUAGGACUGCUGAGGGUGCUGCACAAGGCAUUUGGGUUGUGGUUCUGUGUUCUUGGUGUGCUGAAAUUGCUGGUCAACAUGCUGAGCUUUGCAGGUCCCCUGCUCCUCAGCAGUUUGGUGAACUUUAUAGGAGAAGAGGGAGCUCCAGUUAGCACAGGUGUCUGGUGCGCUCUGGGGCUCUUUGCCACCACUCUUCUCUCUUCAGUCUUCCAAAACAUCUACAUGUUUGAGGCCUCUAAGGUGUGGCUGGCAGCACGUGCCAGUCUUGUGUCGGCCAUUUACAGCAAAGCCCUGCGGGUCAGCGGCAGCAGCUUGGCCGGUUUCACUCUGGGAGAGGUGGUGAACUUAAUGAGCACGGAUACAGACCGCGUGGUCAACUUCUUCAAGAAUUUCCACGACCUGUGGAGCAUGCCCUUCACGUUUAUUAUCACCCUCUACUUGCUGUACCUCCAAAUGGAUGUGGCUUUCCUCGGCGGGCUGGGUGUGGCCCUGCUGCUGGUGCCGUUCAACAAGUUCCUCGCUUCCAGUAUCCUUAGCAACAACAAACAAAUGCUCAGGUGUAAGGACAGCCGUGUCAAGUUAAUGACAGAGAUCCUCUUUGGUAUUCGCGUCAUCAAGUUCUACAACUGGGAGCCUCAUUUUGCUCAGAAGGUCGCCGACUGUCGUAAACAAGAGGUGUCCCACCUCAAGGCCAUCAAGUAUCUGGAUGCCAUGUGUGUUUACACUUGGGCUGCUCUGCCUGUGGUCAUCUCUAUCCUCACGUUUGUCACGUACGUGCUGCUGGGAAAUCAGCUGAAUGCAGCCAAGGUGUUCACCACACUGGCUCUGGUGGGGAUGUUGAUCGUCCCGCUCAACGCUUUCCCCUGGGUGCUCAACAGCAUCCUGGAGGCCAAAGUGUCUCUGGACCGAAUCCAAUGCUUUUUCAAACUGACCAACCAGGACCUGCAGGCUUACUACGCCCUGAUAUCUCCUGAAGACAGUCAGACAUCUGUCUUGUUGAGUCAGGGGACAUUUUCCUGGCACGGGCCUGACCGUCCCAAAGAGGGGGAAACUGAAACUGGAGCUGCUAAAGGGAGUCUGCAGCUGCACAGCCUCAAUCUGCACAUAACCAAGGGCUCUCUGGUCGUUGUGGUUGGGAAGGUGGGCUGCGGUAAGAGUUCCUUCCUGGCUGCUCUCACUGGAGAACUCACCAGGCUGAGUGGAGUUGUAUAUGUUGCAGACAGGGAGUUCGGCUUCGGCCUGGCCUCUCAGGAGCCGUGGAUCCAGCAUGCAUCAGUACGGGACAACAUCCUGUUUGGCAAAGACUACGAUCCUGCCUUCUACCAGGCUGUUAUCUCAGCCUGUGCUCUCUCAGAUGACCUCAAUGUUUUGCCAAAUGGUGACAAGACAGAAGUGGGAGAGAACGGCGUGACUCUGAGUGGAGGACAGAAGGCUCGACUGGCCCUCGCCAGAGCUGUUUACAUGGACAAAGACAUCUACCUCCUCGAUGAUCCGUUGGCAGCGGUUGACAGCGACGUGGCUGAACACCUCAUGAAGAAAUGUAUCAUGGAGCUCCUCAGGGGAAAGACCAGAAUCCUUUGCACACACCGCAUAGAGUUUGUGGACAGAGCUGACGUGGUGGUCCUCAUGGACGAUGGAAUGAUCAUCAAAACAGGCACACCGGCAGAAAUCCUUCCUUUGGUCGAGGCUGUGCCGAAAAAGCGGAAGAAUGACCACAACAUGAAAGAGAAAGCAGAUGGUAUGGAGCAUGAGGAAGAGGAGCCGGCUUUAUCCCCUGAUCGAUGUGUGGAUGAUGACCCCGACCUGUCGGGGGCGGAGCAGAAGCAGGUGGGCGGGCUGGCGUGGAAAGUGUACCAGACCUACUGGGUUGCUGUGGGUGGAGUGCUGGGUGCCUCCAUCCUGAUGUCUCUGCUCCUCAUGCAAGCCUCUAAGAACGUUUCUGACUGGUGGCUGUCCCACUGGAUCUCAGAGCUGAAAAACAACGGCUCCACUGGAACAAAUGGUUCUUCCUCGGGUGCCUUCAGCUCACCUCACCUGCUACUCUUCUCACCUGGAGGGUUAAUAUCUCCUCUGUCCUCCGCUGUGCAAACCUUCCCCUCAAACAACAUGAGCUCCGAUGUCAAGUUCUACCUGACGGUGUACAGCUCCAUUGCCGCGGCCAACACCGUCUUCACCGCCCUCCGAGCCUUCCUCUUUGCCUACGGAGCCAUCUGCGCCGCCACAACCAUCCACAACAGACUUCUGGACCGGGUCCUUAAGGCCACAGUGACCUUCUUCGACACCACCCCGAUGGGUCGCGUUCUCAACCGUUUCUCUUCAGACUUAUACACCGUGGACGACAGCCUGCCUUUCCUCCUGAACAUCCUGCUGGCCACAGUGUUCAGCCUGCUGGGCAUGCUCGUAGUUAUAAGCUACGGCCUCCCAUGGUUCCUUGUGGCCCUGCUGCCCCUGGCUCUCUUCUACUACCGCACACAGAGCUUCUACCGACACACCUCUCGGGAGCUGAAGCGUCUGUGCAGCAUCACUCUGUCGCCCAUCUACUCACACUUCUCUGAGACGCUGAAUGGACUGGGAACCAUCCGGGCCAGUGGCAGCUCUGCCAGGUUUGAGGAGGAGAACGCCAGGCGUCUGGAGCUGAACCAACGCUGCUUGUUCCUUAGCAACGCUACCAGGCAGUGGCUGGACAUCCGCCUACAGCUGAUUGGUGUUGCUGUGGUGACCGGCCUCGGGGCGAUUGCUGUCAUCCAGCACCAGUAUAAUGCUGUUGAUCCAGGUCUCGUGGGUCUGUCCCUGUCCUAUGCCCUGUCCAUCACAUCGCUGCUGUCUGGCCUCAUUUUCAGCUUCACGAACACUGAGAUGCAGCUGGUGAGUGUGGAGAGAACUGAGGAGUACUCCACGGACCUUCCCACCGAGCCACAGCAGCAGAACACACAGCUGCCCCCGGCGUGGCCCGAGCAGGGCUGGCUGGAGUUCCGCGCUGCGGUCUUGGCCUACAGGGACGGUCUUCCUAACGCCCUGGACGGGGUGAGCCUGGUAGUGCGACCUGGGGAGAAGGUGGGCAUCGUGGGACGUACGGGCUCCGGCAAGUCCACCCUGUUCCUGGCCCUGUUCCGUAUGGUGGAGCUGAACCAGGGUCAGAUUCUCCUGGACGGGCUGGACAUCAGCACUGUGGGCCUGGCUCAGCUCAGGUCCAGGUUGGCCAUUAUUCCUCAGGACCCCUUCCUGUUCAGUGGGACCAUCAGGGAGAAUCUGGACCCAUGUGGGCAACACCCAGACCACAAGCUGCUGGACGUCCUGGACCAGUGCCACCUCAGCUCUGUGAUCGACAGGAUGGGUGGUCUGGAUGCUGAGGUUGGGGAGAGAGGAAAACGUUUCUCUGUGGGACAGAGACAGCUGCUGUGUCUGGCCAGAGCUCUGCUGACCCACGCCAAGCUCCUGUGUAUUGAUGAGGCCACAGCAAGUGUGGAUCAGAAGACGGACAGACUGCUGCAACAAACCAUUAGAGAGAAGUUUCAGGACAAGACCGUCCUCACUAUUGCACACAGGAUCAACACUAUCAUGGACUGUGACCGGGUGCUGGUGAUGCAUGCUGGGAAGGUGGUGGAGUUUGACACCCCGGCCGCUCUCUGCCAGAAUGACCGCUCCGUCUUCCACAGCCUGGCUGGUGGGAGCGAAGAGUGAUGAAGACACUGGAAGGAGGCGACUUGUCAGAAGUGGAAAGAUUUAUUUUUACAUUUUAUGCUGCAAAGGUGUGCUGAGACCUUUGUGAGCGCCGUCCUGCUUCACACACUUCUACGCCUUUUACAGCACACACUUGAAACAUGAUUAAAACCUUCUUCUCCUGUUGGGGCGGAUAAGUGGUGAAUGUCUUGGUGCAGCGUCCUGUUUUCUUUAUCUGAGCCAGCAGUUUGGACUGGGAGGUGAUGAUAUGGGCAUGAUGACAUUUAAUUUCUUUUAAUUGAUGAUUUUAAUGCUGAAACUGUAUGACAGACUGUGCUGAUGAUGAACACUUCUACAUUUCUGCUGACAAACACCCUCUGUCUGUAGGCAGUCUAUCAGUGGAUCACUUGUGAUUUUUUUAAAUCAUUACCUUAGUUGUUCUUUUUUCAAUGAAACUGUAUUGAAAUAAUUAUGUGGUUCCAAAGUUGAAAGACUUUAAAAACACUUGUGAGUGUGGCUGGAUAUUGUCCUGCAUUGUGUUUUAUGUUUUAAAUCUCAGAUAAACACGCUGACCAAACAAGCAGUUUUAUCAUGUUAGAUUAUACUGCCGAGGUGCAGCUGUUCCAACAUGGCGAGAUGCUGAAAAGCCUCUACUUCAUGGUUAAUAAUGCAAUACCUUUAUUUCUAUAUGAAAGCUCAAGGUUAAUUGUUUAAGAGCAGCUCAGAUGAUAAAGUCACUACAUAUUUGUUUGUUAGUAAACUCACAGGUUUUCUGGGGCUCUUUUCUCUGAUUUUCACAACAAAACCCAAAAAGGGAAAACUGGGAGUGAAGCUCAUCAACUGUACAACUAAAUUUCCUUCACUUAGCAACGUUUUUGAAAACCAGAGAGCAUUUUUAACUGAUGACUUUUAAACAUUUUAUUUUUUCUGUUUUCUUUUUACGUUAUUUAAAUAAUUUCUUUUUAAUUAAAAGCACAUUAGCUGUAUUUCGUGAAUGUUCAGAGCCAUAUACAUGGAGUUAAUCAUUAUUAGCAUAUUAUUACAUAAGAUGAGAUAAGAAGUUCAGAGCUUUCGGUGUCUGAAUUGCUGGUUAAUUUUCUACCCUUUAUUUUUUUUUUAUCAAAACAAAAAUACAACUUCUCUAUGUGUGUGUGUGUGUGUGUGUGUGUGUGUGUUUUGUAAUUAAGGAACACCAGGUCUCUUUUAUAACCAGAGGGGAUGUUUUUAGAAUGAAUUACAGGUCUUCUCUGUACAUGUGGUGUGUUUGUUCUCUCUUGUCCCUUCAGUUGCUUGUGACACAUUUUUCCAAAUUAGUGUCAACAUCAAAAUGUUCAAACACGUGUGAUUUUAUAGAGGUUUCUAUACAUCUAUUAGAUAAAACAUAAGAAAAAUGCCCAAAUUCUGUAUCAUGUACGACCAAGAAAAAAGGCAAAUUAUUACUUUGUCAUCAAAUAUUUUACAUUGUUGCUUGAAACUGAUUCAAUUAAUGGAUUAUCAAAAUAGCUGCUGGUUCAUUUUCUUUUGAUUGCGUAAUCAUUGCAGCAACUUCAAAUCAAAUGUAAAUUCAAACAUUGAUUGAAAUAAUAAGCCUUUUGAGUGUACCCCUGGUAUUGCUGUAUGCAUUGUAUAACUGGAUAGUUCAGAGCACUAGACUAGACCUGCUGUAUGUGCAAUAUGAUGAUAUGUGAUAUAUUCAUAUGUAAAUGGUUUUUGGGGGUUUGUUUUGUUUUGUCAACAAGACGCUUUAUAAAGCACUGUCUAAUGAAAUAAAUCUGUUUCA